CUCAGCUUGAUUAGACCUUGGCAGACUCCAGAAAGACUCUCAGGCUCACUCGAUUUGCAAUCAAAUGCAAGCUAUUUCUCUCCCCUCAAGGCUCGCCAUUUUCUCCUGCGCAAGAAAAUUACAACCGCCAAGCUUUCCAUUUUCAAGCUUUUCGUGUCGUCUCAAGCUGAAAUGUCACCUCCAGAGGGAUCCGAUCCCGGCUGCUCGCAUGAAAUCGCAUGGCCAACCAUAUUUUUCUGGAUGGCCUGCCUCGCACUCAAUUCUAUCGCACAACAAUCCGGCAGGGUCUUGGGAACGAAAUAUCAGCAUCAGGCAAUAUUUCGAAGCUCCCCUAUUCUGUGCGCCUUUGACGCUAUCGAUAUGCUCAUAACGUGGGUUGCGCAUGUCUUCCCACCGACUACACCACGUUCCAGAAUCCGCCGCGCAGCAUCUAGAGUCCUAUUGCAAAGGUGCGCGGAUAAGGAGGGCCAGGCUGAUUUACAGGGACUAGCAAGGUUCAAAACACAGUCCGGAGGAAGAUGGCUAGCCUUUCUUAUUGGGGUCAUCCCGCAGCUCAUCAAGCUCUUUGCUAGCCGGGGAGUCGUUUGGUCACAGGUAGCAGGAGCCAUGUACCUGGGAUCAUGGCUAAUUUUCGAGUUCCUAGUCCUCGCGGCGCAGCUCGAAAACACAGCUCUACAGCCACUCGAAGAACAAUCCGAGCCGUACCGCCAUGAAAACCUCAUUCGCAAGAUAUGGGCUUUUGCGGGGAUGAUGCUCCAUGCAGUUGUUUACUCGAUUCCAAUCAAGACCCAAAUGGACCUCCUCAAGGGCCCCGAUGACUUUUGGAACUACUACAGCACGUCGACUCCAAUAGUGCUGUACACCUUCGCCCUCUGGUGGGGAGCCUUCUUCACUGCAGACUACACCCCGAACCGAACUGUUUUUCACAAUCUCAUUAUGGGGGCUGCGUUCCAUUUAUCCCUUGCACCAGUUCCUGACUCGGGCAGAGUUGUGUACCUGAUUUGCGUUCUGGUGAUUUGUAUUGUAGGAGGGUACAUAUUUUCCUACUUUGGGCACCGGUGGGCAGGCGGGUUUCUUGUUUCAAUCCAAGUCUUGAAUGUUAUUAGCCAGCCGUUGCUCUUUUAUAUGUUUAUGUAUCAUCCUGCCGGGACAUACCAGCCCGCAUGGUUGAGGUGGCUUGGAUAGCUGUUCAGCGCAUGGUCGUUCCUAGCAUAAUCUUGCGGCAUCAAGAGAACAUUACACCGGCUAUCAAUUGCUACGGAGAACAAAGCAUGUGCUACUACUGGUUCGGCAAUAAGCCUAAGGGUCUAGCCUCACAUUCCGCACCAUAAACGACGAAUGACACCACCUUUCGCUCUGUUUGAUGCGACGAGGCAUUAGAUUCAAAUCCUACUUCAGUCAGACUGCGCCGUGAAUAAGCCUAAUCUUAUAUUGAGAUUCGAGCCACUGCUAGUUAAUGAGUUUUGCUACUAGGCAGUUGGGAUAGGAGCUUUCAUAUCGCUGAUAAAGUGAGUCUAUAGUAGGUGGACAUGAAGUAUCUUUUUCUCAGCCUUCCUAAGUAGUACAGCUGAUCUGGGGCCUGAAAAAUCCUGGGGCGAGACGCUGUCGAUGGAGUCUCUGAUCCACUGAUCGUCUUCUCUACUAGGUCGUUUCCCUAAAAGCAAUGCCUGUAGUACCUUUGUUACAUGUCUUAGUACAUGAACACCCGAUAAUGAGAGCA